ACGAAAAGAGGAGGGAGGGCGAUAGAGGUAAGAGGGAUAAGAAAGUGUGAAGAGGAGGAGGAGGAGAAGAAGAGUGUCCCACCCCUCUCCUCCCUCCCCUCGCUUGUAUCCCGGGUGAGUGAGUGGACUUGGAGUCAUAAGGACAGGGAGCAGAUCGCCGAGCACACCGGCUCAAGGGUCCACCCUUCCUGACAAACUCCACAAGUACCGAGUAGCUCGUGCCAAUUUGGCGAUGAGGCGGUGGGGGACGUUGGUGGCGGCGCUGGCCGCCUGCUGCGCGCUUUGUCCGGGGGGUCCGGCGCCAGUCGAGGCAGCGGCGUGCGAGUCGGUGCGGAUCCCGCUGUGCCGCUCCAUGCCCUGGAACAUGACCAAGAUGCCCAACCAUCUGCACCACAGCACGCAGGACAACGCCGUGCUCGCCAUCGAACAGUUCGAGGGACUCCUCGGCACGGGCUGCAGUGCCGACCUGCUGUUCUUCCUGUGCGCCAUGUACGCUCCCAUCUGCACCAUCGACUUCCAGCACGAGCCCAUCAAGCCGUGCAAGGCGGUGUGUGAGCGUGCCAAGCAGGGCUGCGAGCCCGUCAUGAAGCGCUACAACCACAGCUGGCCCGACAGCCUGGACUGCAGUGAGCUGCCCCUCUACGACCGCGGCGUCUGCAUCUCGCCCGAGGCCAUUGUCAAGGCUGAGGGGCCAGAUCCGUACUACCAGGACCCGGCCAGGUGCAACCCAGAAUCCAGUCCGGACUUUCCCUUGGACGCCAACAACCUUCACUGCAGAGGACCCGUCGAUCGCUGCAAAUGUAAGACAGUCAAGAUGGGUUUGAAAACCUACCUGAAGAACAAUUACAACUAUGUGAUCCGUGCUCGUGUGCGUGAGGUCCGUACGCGCAGCAUGGAGCCCACGGCGGUGGUGGAGGUUCGCGAGGUCCUUAAGUCUUCUCUGGUACACAUCCCCCGAGAAACGAUCACUCUUCACUACUCCUCCUCGUGCCAAUGUCCGCCUGUCACUGCCGGAGACGAGUACCUCAUUAUGGGAUACGAGAACGAGGAGACGUCCAGGUUACUGCUGAUUGACGGCUCCAUCGUGCAGAAGUGGAAGGACAAGAUGGGACGCAAAGUCAAGCGGUGGGAUCAGAUCCUGCAGGGAAAAGCCCGAGCAGCUCAUCGCCGGAGUCGCCACUGAGAUGGGACCACCAGUACGUGCGUGCAUGUGUGUGCGCAUGUAUGUGUGUGUAUAUUGCACUAUCACAAGUAGCUGAAUGUAGUUCAUUUAUCUUUGCACAAACGCCAUUUAGUGUGUGUGUUUGUUUGUGUGUGUGUGUGUGUGCGUAUGCUGUUUGUAAAGGGGUGCGUGUGUGUGCACGUGUACGUGUGCAGCUUCUCACCUGGGAUGUUGUCAUCCGGGCUAAUUUCUUGUUUUCCUGACAUAAAGGGGAUUUCUGCAACUUUU